CACAUAUUACCAAAAAAUUAUCGACAUCAUCCUGGACAUCGAUUACAAUUUUUUUAUGAUUUUUUCAGAUGCCCUUGCGAUGGUUAAACUCAACACCUUUCAUUGGCACAUUACAGAUUCUCAAAGUUUCCCACUAGAGAUCAAAUCCCAUCCAGAACUUCACAGAUUUGGCGCAUAUUCGCCUAGUAAGGUUUAUACACAUGAUAAAAUUUCUGAAAUUGUGCAGUAUGGACUGAUUCGUGGCAUCCGAGUAGUGCCUGAAUUUGAUGCUCCCGCCCACGUGAAAGAAGGUUGGCAACAUAAGGGUAUGAUCGCUUGUGAGAGCUUUCAGCCCUGGAAGAGAUAUUGUGGAGAACCACCAUGUGGGCAACUAGACCCCACUGUAGAUGACAUUUAUCCGAUAUUAGAAGAUAUCUAUCGUGAAAUAUUUCAACUAUUUUCACCAGAUGUCUUUCAUAUGGGAGGUGAUGAGGUGCUAUCUAAAUGUUGGCAUGGCACUGAGAGUAUUCGCGAAUGGAUGCAAUUAAAAGGCUGGGAUUUGCAAGAGGAAGAUUUUCACCGACUCUGGGGUUAUUUUCAAACAAAAGCACUCGAAAGAGUAGAUAAAGUGUCCAACAACAGCAAUCAAUUAAUCACGCUGUGGACAAGUAGUCUUACACAAGAGCCAUAUAUUGAUCAAUAUCUUAACAAUUCCAGAUAUAUCAUACAAAUUUGGACACGUGGUUCAAGCUCCGAAAUUAAAGCGAUCUUAAAACGUGGCUUUCGCGUUAUUAUUUCAAAUUAUGAUGCUUUAUAUUUUGAUUGUGGUGGACCCAGCUGGGUAGACAUUGGCAAUAACUGGUGCUCACCGUAUAUUGGCUGGCAGAAAGUGUACGAUAAUAAUUUGGAUAACAUAGCUGGGGAAUAUAAAUCGCUGGUAUUAGGAGCCGAAGCGGCAAUUUGGUCCGAGCAAAUCGAUGAAUACACACUGGACUACCGAUUAUGGCCACGUUCAAGCGCAUUAGCAGAACGUUUGUGGUCGAAUCCCGUUGGAAAUUGGCGUGAAGCAGAAUCUCGAAUAUUAUAUCAUCGCGAACGAUUAGUAGCCAAUGGUAUAUACGCGGAAGCUCUUCAACCAGAAUGGUGUCUGCAAAAUGAUGGUGAAUGCCCAGUGAAAAGAGGUUGAUAUACAUACAUACAUGUUGGUGUA